AUAAAGUAACAAUAAAAAUCAUAGACCAGUAGCAUGAGUUGUUACAGAAUAUUUGAGAUGAUAUUUUGUUUUCUAUCAGAAAUAAUAAAUAACUCUAAACCAGAAUGUUUUAUUCGAAUUAACGAUAAUCUCCUGGAGCAUCAACCGCUGUUUCUGCAUCCCACAAUAGAAAAGGGAUUCAUUUAUCCUAAGGAAGUUGGUACAAAUGUUGUGGUGAUAAAAUCCGGUGAUUCAAUCCGUUUAGCUUGUCCUGGAAGUCACAUUUUAUUGAACACAAUAAAGCUUUAUGAAAAUGUGCUUUUUCAGUGUAGUGAAGAUUAUUUAUUCUCUUUCAUUGGAGAAAAUAUUAAAAUGUCAAUUUAUCAAAUCGUUUGUGAUGAACAUCCACGUCAUGCUGCGAGAAAAACAUCACGGUCAUGUGAAAUUGGAAUAAUUGGAGAGAUUGGUUUUUUUAUAACUAACAACAAAAACGAGGAAUUUUAUAAAAUAAUUGAUUUCUGUCAUAAUGAGCAGUGGAGUCACACAGUUUACGCCCACACUCAAAUUCCAGCAGUAAUUAAUGCAGCUGCUAGGAAUGUCCCUUAUCCAGGAUUUGUGAAAGGUGAAUUUUUCCAAGGAAUUGCUAUUAGCAAAAUUUAUACUAAAAGAAAUCAACGAGAAGUUCUUGGAGUGAUUUUGAAUAAUAAAAGUCUGGCUCAUCAUUAUAUUCAGUCUACAGGUAGUUAUUAUUUAGCAAGAGGACACUUGAUAGCUAAAAGGGAUUUAAUUUAUGCAGCUCAACAACGUGCGACAUUUUAUUACGUCAAUGUGGUGCCAAUGUGGCAGAGCAUCAAUAAUGGAAAUUGGAAGAAAAUAGAAAUAAGCAUUCGAAAUUAUGCCAGUCAUAAAAAGUGCAAUCUUGAAGUAUGGGCAGGUACUUUAGAGGUCUUACAGCUAGAAGAUACUUAUGGAAAUCCUCAGAAAAUUAAUUUAUUCCAUCAAAACCAUGAAGACCAGACAAUACCUGUACCAAAGAUAUUAUUCAAAGUUGUAUAUGAUAAAAUAUCUCGGGCUGGUAUAGUUUUCUUAACAGCAAAUAAUCCUUACUUGGAAAAAUUCUUAGAAAAUGAUUAUAUCAUUUGUGAAAAUGUCUGUGAAAAGAUUAAUUAUAUUGCGUUAGAUAAAAGAUAUGACAGAGGAUAUUCAUAUUGCUGCAGUAUUAAUGAUUUCAGAAGGUCUUUCAAGUAUCUACCAUAUUUUAGGACAGACAAAUUAUUAAUUUAGUAGUUCUCAUGGUAAUAUUCUCAACAGGUGCUUGGACAAAGUAAACAAAAUAUCAAUUAAGUAUCAAUGAAUUCAUAUAUUUUAACAUUUCAAAUUAUACAGUUUUAAAAAAAAAAAUUUUACAAACGUAUGAAAUAAAAUGAUGCGAAUAUUUUUCAUGCAAAUUAAUCAUUGUUUUGUGCUAUAAAAGUCAUGGUAAAGAAAAAAGCCUACCGAGUUGGGGUCAUUGCUUUCUUAAUGAUCUGUGUUGUUGAAUAAUCAAUCAAUUAAUAAGGAAGUAUGAUAGAGUAGAUAGUCUAUGAAUAAAACUAGGAAGUAUUAAUUAAAAAUAGCUAGUAGGUGAUGUAUUGUUUGAAAAUAUUUUUUGUGUCUAGUAAUUAGCAUACAUUGUUUAAUGAACAAAUACAUUUUGUAACAUGAAAAUUUUU